AUGAUUUAUUUUUCUCUCUUCUCACCUAUGCUUUUAUACCUUCAUCUGUUUUUUCUGUUUACCCUAUAUUUAAUGUGCUUUGGCCCAAACAAAAUUGUGGCAGUGCCAUUAGGAAAUCAAACUGAUCAUUUAGCAUUGCGCAAAUUCAAAGAAUCAAUAACCAAUGAUCCAUAUAGAACUCUUGAAUCUUGGAAUUCUUCCAUCCGCUUCUGUAAAUGGCGUGGAAUCACAUGCAGCCCCAUGCAUCAAAGAGUUAUUGAGUUGAACUUGAAAGGAUAUGAGUUGCAUGGAUCUUUAUCUCCCCAUGUUGGCAAUCUCACUUUUCUGAUAAAUCUCAACCUUAGCAACAACAGCUUCUUUGGAGAAAUUCCACAUGAGUUAGGUAAGUUGCUACAAUUGCAACAACUUCGUCUCAACAAUAACUCAUUCGCAGGUGAAAUUCCUACAAACUUGACAUAUUGCUCCAAUCUCACGGACUUGUAUUUGCAUAAGAACAAUCUAAUUGGCAAAAUACCAAUUGGAAUUGGCUCUUUGAAAAAGCUUCAAUCAUUUAGUGUUUGGCGAAACAAUUUAACUGGGGGAAUCUCUUCAUUCAUAGGGAACCUUUCAAGCUUAGCGCGUUUUUCAUGUGAUGAUAACAACAUACAAGGAGAUAUUCCACGUGAAAUAUGUCGCCUCAGAAACUUGUCAUUUUUACUUUUGGGAUUGAACAAAUUGUCUGGUACCAUUCCUUCUUGUCUUUACAAUAUCUCAUCACUUACUGUAUUUUCUGUGACAGAGAAUAACUUUCAUGGCUCUCUCCCACUCAACACUUUCAACACCCUCCCCAAUCUCCAAACUUUUUUCAUCGGACAAAAUCAAUUUUCAGGCCCAAUCCCUACUUCCAUAAUAAACGCAUCUGCGAUUAUAUGGUUUGAUAUUGGUACAAAUUAUUUUGUAGGACAAGUUCCAAGUUUAGGGAGACUAGAAAAUUUACAUUUUCUGAAUUUGGAAGGUAACAAUUUAGGUAGCAAUUCAACUAAGGAUUUGGAGUUUUUUAAAACUUUGACAAACUGUAGUGUGUUGUAUGAGUUUUCUAUUUGCUGUAAUAACUUUGGAGGCAUUCUACCAAAUUAUAUAGGCAAUUUAUCCUCUGAGCUUGCAAUACUAGAUCUUGCAAAUAAUAGGAUAUCAGGAAAAGUUCCUGCUGAAUUAGGAUCUCUAGUUGGCUUAAUUAAUUUGAACAUGGCCUAUAACCAAUUUGUAGGAAAUAUUCCAUCUACUUUUGGGAAGUUUCGAAAGAUGCAAAAGUUAAUGUUGAGCGGAAACAAGUUUUCUGGAGAUAUACCACAACUUAUAGGCAACCUUAGUCAAUUGUAUUAUUUAGAUUUACAUCUUAAUAUGCUUGAAGGAAAUAUUCAUCCAAGCAUAGAAAACUGUCAAAAGUUACAAUAUCUAGACAUUUCACAUAAUAAGCUUAGAGGAACCAUCCCUAUAGAGGUUUUUAAUCUUUUUUCCUUGUCAAAUUUACUUGACUUGUCACAUAACUCUUUGAGAGGUAGCUUACCAAGAGAAGUGGGUAUGCUAACAAAUAUCGGUUGGUUAGAUGUCUCUGAGAAUUGUCUAUCCGGUGAUAUUCCUAUAACUAUAGGUAAAUGCAUAAGUUUAGAACACCUUGACUUGCAAGGGAACUCGUUCAACGGAACAAUACCAUCUUCUUUGGCUUUUCUCAGAGGUCUUCAAUAUUUAGACCUUUCAAUAAAUCAAUUGUCUGGAUCGAUCCCUGAUGUUUUACAGAAUAUUCCUAGUUUAAAACAGUUGAAUAUUUCUUUUAACAUGCUGGAAGGUGUGGUACCUACUCACGGUGUCUUUGGAAAUGCAACCCAAGUAGGAUUGGUUGGAAACAAAAAGCUUUGUGGAGGUAUUUCAAAGUUGUGUCUACCAGCAUGCCCGGUCAAGGAUAAGAAACACACAAAACACAAUAAGUUCAUGUUGGUAGCUGUUAGUGUGGUUUCUUUUCUUGUCAUACUUAUUUUUGUUAUAACUAUCUACUCGAUGCGAAAAAGAAACCAAAAACGAUUAUUUGAUUCACCAACAAUUCAUCAGCUAGAUAAGGUUUCCUACCAAGACUUGCAUCGAGGAACGGAUGGGUUCUCAGCUAAUAACUUGAUCGGAUCAGGAAGUUUUGGUUGUGUGUACAGAGGUAGUCUUGUGUCAGAAGAUAAUGUUGUUGCCAUAAAGGUCCUGAAUCUCCAAAAGAAGGGAGCACACAAGAGUUUUAUUCUUGAAUGCAAUGCACUAAAAAAUAUUAGACACCGAAAUUUAGUUAAGAUUAUAACAUGUUGCUCUAGUUCAGAUUAUAAGGGUCAAGAAUUUAAAGCUCUAGUUUUUGAUUACAUGAAAAAUGGAAGCUUAGAGCAAUGGUUGCAUCCUGAGAUUUUAAAUGAAGAGCAUCAAGCAACAUUGGACCUCAGUCAUAGAUUAAACAUCAUUACUGAUGUUGCUUCAGCAUUACAUUAUCUUCAUCAGGAGUGUGAACAAUUGAUCCUUCAUUGUGAUCUAAAGCCAAGUAAUGUACUUCUUGAUGAUGACAUGGUUGCUCAUGUGGGUGAUUUUGGCAUAGCAAGACUUGUCUCAAACAUUGGUGGUAGCUCUCACAAUGAUACAAGUACAAUUGGAAUAAAAGGGACUGUUGGCUAUACUCCUCCAGAGUAUGGGAUGGGCUCUAAAAUGUCUACACGUGGAGACAUGUAUAGUUUUGGAAUCCUGGUAUUGGAAAUGCUUACUGGUAGAAAACCUACGGAUGAAUUUUUUGAAGAUGGUGAAAAUCUGCAUGACUUUGUUGCAAAUUCACUUCCUGGUAAUCUUAUAAAUAUUUUGGACCCAGGUCUUGUAUCUAGAAAUACAGAAGAAAAAAUACAAGAUGAAAUUUGUGAGAAUCUUAUUCCAACUAUUGAUGAGGAGUGCUUAGUUUCAUUUUUUAGGAUUGGACUUAAUUGUUCAAUGGAACCACCAAAAGAAAGAAUGAAUAUUGUAGAUGUCACUAAAGAGCUUAGCAUAGCCAGAAAAACUUUUUUCGCUGGUAAGAUAAAUUGA